CGCCGGAGCAGCGACGACAGCAGGACGAAACCGCAGCAGCGAUCGACCAACUCCGGAUGGCCGCUUGUACGACACUGCAGCAGCGAGAGAUGGAUUAUGCUGUAAUACUCAGAAAAUGGCACUUUACACCGACGGAAAGCAACAGCAACCCGACGGACGCUGGGAAGACCAACGAGGACAUCGCCAUGAUGAUUUCACAGCUCAUCGCAACGUGCAAUCGGCAGCAGCAGGAGCUGCAGCGCUUGGCACGGGUGAUUGACAGCAACCGGGACCAGCAAGAUGGCACCAACUGCGGAUUUCAUACCUGCAUCGGGGACCUGGAGAACUUGGACGUUGCCACACCAGGCAGCGAACCUCGCACCUACCAUCCGUCAACACGACAGCUGGAGCAGCGGAUUGACCAUAUGGUUGCCGCAAUUGGCAACCUUGGCACGUUCGCGGAACCAGCAACGAUCAGUCAACAGAUUGCCUCGUUGACAAGCGGUCUCCGUACGCUGCAGCAGCAACCGUCAGGUAGCAGCGACCAGCAUCCAUACAAGAUGCCAAACAUCACCAUUGAGAAGUUCGACAACUACACCAAGCAAGACCCGCUCGCAUGGUGGCAAGGCUUUACCCGUUAAUUAAGUUUCCGCGAUGUCCCCGAACACCUUAAGUCGCGACACUCUACCUCAACACGACAGGUGCGUGUCAAAUCUGGUUCAACCACCUC